AUGAGUCUCAGGUCGUCUGAAAACCUACCAGGACCAGCAGACAGCAGUGAGCCUAUAGCAGAGCCCACGACGAUCACCACCUUGGUCGACGUGAAUUCGACCUAUAGGCAGCUCUACAUUGAGGGCGAAAUGUCCUGCUUGGCCAGCGAUACUACCUGGAUCACGCUAGACACGGAGGACGCCAUAACGGCACUAUCCGAUGCCCUCUGUGCGGAGCCCGACAAGGUUGAUGACUUCCCCAUCCGCACGUUGGAGGUUCACGUGCCAUCCGUCUCCGGCGACAGCCUCAAAGCGCUUCAGGAGCUCCUCGCAUACCUUCCCUUACUGACGCGACUGUGGAUGCACCACACAGAGCAGCUCUUCGUAGCCCACCCGCUACUUGCCCAGAUCGUGUCCACCGGAGUCUCCCUCACCGAAGUGCGCUUCUGGGACGCGGGCCCGACGACCCACGCCGUCCUCAGCAGCAUGCACGCCCGGCUGCGCGCCGUGGAGGUACGGGGCCUGCCCACGCCGUGCACCGCGAUGAACCUCUUCCUGCCGUCCGCGGCGACGCUCGUCAAGAUCGACAUCCGCAGCAUCGCGCUGGACGUGCGCGAGCGCACGCUCCGCUUCCCGCGUGUGCAGGUCCUGCACGUCGCGUUCAGCGGCGACAUCAACCUGCUCGACCUGGGCGCGUACAAGUACGCGUUUCCGUACUUGCGCGAGCUCCGGACGACCCGCGCCCUGCCAAUUUCGACCCCGCAGGAUGGACACACGGUCCGCGAGCGGAACGUCCUCUCGGGGGCGCGUGAGCCCGGCUGGGCAGCGCUGGACGGCCUCGAGGUGCCCCCGCCCGAACUCUGGCUGCUCGGGGUGUCCUGCCCGGCGAGGACGGUGCAUUUCGACGUCGACGUGGGCCUUCCGCUCUUCGUCCUGCGCCAAGUGCUCCCGCCGCUGCGACCGCGACACCUGUAUUUGCACUUUGCGAACGCCGAGGACGCGUACAGGGUCGUGCGCGACUUUGCUGCGCUGCUCGCGUGGUCGUUGCCGUGGCCCGGCGUCGCGACGCUCACGCUGGAAAUACGCUUGCCCGCAGGGAAGCCUGAUCGCUGCUGGGUGAUUGUGCACUUGCUGAAGGAGCACGGUGCCCGGAACGUAUUCUGCACAGAGAUGCUCACCGUGCGGUUUGUCGGAGUGGCCGCCUCACCCCAACCCAAGAGAGUACUGACGGCUCUGUGGGGAGCCAUCUGGGACGCGGCGGCGGAGGACCUGUGGAUGACGUGCACGAUGGUGAGGCGGGUGACGCUCCGGCUCGAAGUCGAGGCGCCGCAGACGGAUGGUUCGACCAGGAGAACGGUGAUGUACACCGCACGGCACUGCAGCGACAGCGGAGUUCCUGGGGACGGUGGAGAAGCGUGGGCGUACGUAAACCCAGCAGAAUGGUGA